AUGCAGCGCUUUAUCUCCGCAUACAUAACAUAUUUCCAUCCUCAUUUACCUUUCCUACACAUACCCACUCUAAAUUUCCAGGCACCCGAGUACACCAAUAAUCUGCGCACUCCAAGCGGCCAUCUUAACCUCAGCUCCACUGGCGUUGCCGGUGGUGGAGGCUGCUUGAUCCUCUCCAUGGCAGCCAUUGGCGCCCUUUACGAAUUUGACACCGCAUCCUCAAAGGAUCUCUUCGAAGCCUCUAAGAAGAUGAUUCAGCUUUAUCUCGAAGAGCGCCGGAAGGCUGACAUGUCAAUGGCUGUUUCUCGUUCCGCAAGUGCACGCGAUAAUUCUGUGCACAACACCCCUCUUUGGCUAGUGCAGGCGAUGCUACUCAACGUUAUCUACGGCCAUACGUGUGGUGACAAGACUUCUGCCGAUAUUGCAAGUACUCACUGCGCGGCCCUUGUUAGUCUUGCGCGUGCUGCUGAAUUGACACGCCAUAUCGACGCGAAAGAUCUUCCACAGGACCACCUAAACGCCGGCUUUACUGGUGGGAGUGACGCGCCGGGACAAGACUCGGAAUUGGACGUCUGGAACCAAACCUCGUUCAGUCCGCCCAAAGAGAAGAAAGACUGGCUGGAUUGGAAGAUUGUCGAGGAACGGAAACGGACAGUAUUUGCGAUUUUCGGCGCCUCAUGUUUCCUGGUCUCGGCCUACAACCACGCACCUGCUUUGACCAAUUCCGAAAUUCGUCUGGACCUACCCUGUGAGGAGGAUCUCUGGGCUGCAGAAUCACCCCAAGCCUGGAAGAAAAUGGGCGGUCAUCUUGCCUCGAAGAAAAACGUUGCUUUCUCUUCCGCCCUGACAAUGUUAUUGACUGCUGGUCGGCGAGCACAGAGUUCUGGUCCCGGCAUUGCCGCCGAGGACCCGAAAAGCGGCGACCUUACACCCAGCUCUUUUGGCUGCUUCGUGUUAAUUUACGCCAUACACAACUACAUCUGGGAAACUCGCCAGCGCCAUAUGGGUCGGCAAUGGACUGCAAGGGAGACGGAUGCUAUGCGAGCCCACAUCGAGCCUGCUCUACGGGCAUGGCAAACGGCGUGGUCCACGAAUCCUCAGCACAGCCUAGAGCGACCGAAUCCCUGGGGGGCCGGCCCUCUCUCCGCCGAUAGCAUUCCUCUAUUAGACCUUGCCUAUGUUCGGCUUUAUGUUGAUCUAGGGCGCUGCAAGGAGGCGUUCUGGCAGCGCGACUGGAAUGCCAUGGCUGAUGAGCUAGCUCGUGGAACGGAUAUGGACAAUGCUCCAGACGGUAUUCCGUCAGACGUUUUGGAUCCGUCAAUCACGGAAGAUGUAAUGCAGAUGGGUGUCCGGCGUGACUCAGUAGCCGACCUUGGCGUGGGAGAGCUUGCUAUAUCACAAACUCCUACGCAAGAGCGACCGAUGCACCCCCUAUUGGGUGUAUACCGGCCUGGGCAGACCAAACGCGAAAAACUUCUACGCAGAGCAGCAUGUUACGCCGCAGAUUCAUUCGCCAUGUCUAAUCACCUAGGUAACACUUUCGCUGAUUUCACCUGCCGGGAACUCCCUCUCCAGAGCGCAAUGUGUACCUUUGACUGCGCUGAAGUCCUCGCCGAAUGGGUCACAACAGUCCAAGAACGUGUAGGGUCGUAUCUAGGAAUCCUGGGUCGAGAUGAGGUUGAUUUUUCACAAGCCGUCCAGAGCAUGCUUCUUGAAGAUGAAGACUGCAAGCUUUUGGAAAAGAUCGAGGGUAUAAUUGCCAGCAUUGAAGAGAAGAUGCAAAAAGAUGUGCACAACAGUGCGGCUGCAGCGGGAAUACACGGCUUACAACGACUGUCAGGAAAUAAGGAGGGAGGGUAUGGCUGUAUGAUACUACUUACUACGGCCAGCCUUCUCGACAGGGCGUCCGUAUGGCCAGUGAUGAAAAUUAUGGCUCGGUCCCUCGAGUCCCAAGCAAUGCGAUUAAAGGAACGUGCAGAGCAUUCAACCAUUAGCGCAACUCAUUAA